CCGCCAACCCAUUCCCAACUUUUUUCCUCGAAACUCGAAAAGAGAAACUCAUUGUUGGUAUACUCAUGAGAACCGUCCACGGGACUAUUAAACUAUAUAGACGUUGGCAUGGACAUGGCGUGAAAUCACGCGUGUAGCUGUGUUCCAUCACCUCUUUUCACGGGGUCGCGGGCGUGCUGGAGCCUAGCCCAGCUAUCUUCGGCCAAGAAGCGGGGUACACCCAGAACUGGUCGCCAGCCAAUCGCAGGGCAAGUACAAGCGCAGGCAGUAUGGCAGAAGGCGAGGAGACCAUGAGUCAAGCGGACUGGAAGGACAAAUGUAUGGUUCUCGAAGCUCUGCUCGUGAAGUUCAGAGUUCAGGUCAUCAAAAUCCGAGAGCUUACUGCUGACAAGAUUCAACAACUGGAGAUGCAAGUGAUUGAUGCGGAAAAACGAGCUUUCACCGCUCAGCAGCAGGUGCAUUGGAUGGAGGAGAAGCUGAAGGCUCCAGACGGUCAGUCAGAAGACUCAGAGAAUGUUUGGUUUCAGCGCUGCCAAGAGCUGCAGGCCUUAGUGCAGGAGAAGGAAGACGUCAUCGCCCAGCUGGAGCAGCAGCUGGAAGAGCAGAAACAGUUAAGGCUUCAAGAUGCCAAGACUGUGGAAGAGAAAGCAGCAAAGAUCAAAGAAUGGGUGUUGCUGAAGUUGUCAGAGUUUGAGGAAGAGAACGCUGCACUAAGAAAAAACAACAAACAACAAGAAGCACAGAUUAAUGAACUAAAGAAGAAAAUGGACGAAUUUGAGCAGAAAUGUUCAGGUAGACGAGCAGUUCUGUGCAGGCCAGGUGCAGCCCACCGGGUUAGCAGCUUGACAUUUGGCUGCUUCCAGGUGAGAGGGAAGAGUGCACAGGUUCUGACAGGGCCCAUUCCCUCCCAAAGGAGCCUCAGCACAGAGGAAGAGAAUGAAGGCAGGGUCAACAUCGACAAUAGAACUAAGCAGAGAGCCUCCUCAGCCACAAGUGCCGAAGUCCAGAGACCAGAUCAAACUGGACUGCUGGAUACUCGUUUGGAGGAGAAUGAGAACAAGAAUCCAUCAGACUUUGGAGCGAGCAGGUCUGAGUCUUGUAGUGUUUCCUCAGUGCUCUCGAGUGCUGAAGGAGGAGGAGGGUGUGAAGUCAGAGAAGGAGGUCUGGAGUUGAGUCGGGCUGGGAGCGAGGCCUACCUGACAGCCUCGGAUGACAGCAGCUCUCUGUUUGACGACGACAUGCAACGUGCGGAGCGGCCCAGCUUCAACAUUCUGGGAGCACCUGGGGAGUGUAAAAUGGAGGACUGCCCCUCUGAGGAGCUAAACAAACGAUUCCAGUCGCAGAGACUUGACUCGUCAUCCUCGUCCAACGAACCGAACACCUCCAGCCCCAUUGUCACACCAGCGCCUACUCCCAAACGACCCAACCUGCCCCAAGACCUUCGAGAUACCCCUGCUUCACCCAAACAGCCCAGACUGCGGACCCCAGCAGGGUCAGGGUUGAUGCAUGUAGCUAUGGCCAAGAAACACCUGAGCCAACCACCAAUCAGCACUGAGGCAGCACACGGGAAAACACGUAAUGCCCUCAGCAUGCUGCGCUCCUCCCAGCCGCAGGAAACUGAUCUUGACCAAGUGCAGGAGGUUGACAUGGAAACAGGCAAGGAUCCGCCCCUGCAGAUCUGCCCCAGCUCUCGUGCCAAACCCACAACGCUUUCCAUACAGGCCACACCCGUCCCUACUGAGGGCUCUCCAGAAAUAAGCUCAGACAGUCACAGCUCACCUCCUACACCCCCAUUACACAGGCUCCCCUCCUGGGAGAGUCGCAUCUACGCAGUGGCGAAAUCAGGAAUCAGGCUGUCUGAGACAUCCUGCACAGACUCGGCUAGCAAAGACCCCUCUCAGCAAUCCUCCUAUCCUGCAUUUGUAAUAUACACAUCCCUCAUUUAUAAAAACAUGACCACACCCAUUUACACUACUCUGAAGGGGAAAGCCACUCUGCUGAGCAACAACCCGUUCUUAGAUGAGUCAUCCAGUUCCGAGGAGUCAUCCAGUUCUGGAGAGGAGGAUGGUUCGUUAUGCAGUUCCCACACAUCGUCAAGCUCCCACAAGGACAGCAACCCAGGCAGCCCACACUCUCUCAAAAGAGCUGUGUCCAUGUCUUCAAUGACAUCAGAGAACGACUAUGCCAUCCCCCCUGAUGCCUAUUCCACCGAUACUGAGUGCUCUGAACCAGAGCAGAAAUUCCCCAAAACCUGCACCUCUGCUGGUGACAACAGCAAGAGUGAAUCGAUGGAGAAAUCAGGCUACCUGCUGAAAAUGGUGAAGACUUGGAAGAAAACUUGGAAGAGACGCUGGUUUGUCUUGAAAGAUGGAGAGCUUCUUUACUAUAAAUCCCCAAGCGAUGUGAUCAGGAAGCCUCAAGGUCAGAUUGAGGUCAACGCCACCAGCAACAUCACACGAGGAGAAGGAAAACAAGUGCUCCAGAUACUGACAGGGAAGCGAGUAUGCUACCUGAAAGCAGACUCCCCUAACCUGCUAGAUGAGUGGCUCAUGGUGCUGCAGAGUGUGCUGAGAGUCAAAGCUGCAAGUCCACUCUUCACCCAGCCAGAUAUUCGGCCCAGCAUGAAGGGAUGGCUUAUCAAGGUAAAGCAUGGCUACUCCAAGCGGGUUUGGUGUGCUCUGAUUGGCAAAACUCUGUACUACUUUCGUAGCCAAGAGGACAAGUUUCCACUUGGUCAGAUUAAGCUUUGGGAUGCCCAGGUGGAGGAGAUGGACAGGUCUCGGGACUCGGACGAUGGCCUGAAAGCAUGUGGGGACGGAUCGCAGGUAGUGUCUUUUACUAUCGCCAUCCAUCCACAGGAUCAAGAUCCAAUUUACCUUCUCAUCAAAUCUCACUAUGAGAAGGAUUCGUGGCUGUACCACCUGUGUGUUGCAGCAGGAACCAUGGUGGGGAAAGUCGGCACUGAGUUUGAAAAACUGGUGGGAAAACUCUUUAAAGUGGAUGAAGAUCCAAACUCUCAGAUCUGGAGACACCCAGCAUUAUGUUUCAGUAAGGAGGCUCUAUUGUCCCCCCUGACCACGCUGCCCUCAGAGGCCCUGCAAACAGAGGCUGUCAAACUCUUUAAGACUUGUCAGCUGUUCAUAAAUGUGGCCAUCGAUGCCCCGGCUAUCGACUAUCACGUCUCCCUGGCUCAGAGCGCCCUGCAGGUGUGUCUGACCCACCCUGAGCUUCAGAAUGAGUUCUUCUGCCAGCUCAUCAAGCAGACCCGAAAGAAGCAGCCGCACGGCCACCCGGGCCCCCUGCAGGUCGAUGGCACAGAUUUGACCCUUGCUGGCGAUUUUGACCACUUAGCCGCGGCUGCCCCAAAAUUCUACUCCAGGACCCGAAAACCCUGGCAGCACCCGUCUUCCCCUUGUGUUUGCAUGGAUUUGAUCUUGGUUGUCCCAGUCUUGGGUGUACCCCUCCUCUCGGACAAAGGUUGGCAGUUUUUAGCCUUGUGUGUUGGACUGUUUCUGCCUCAGCAUCCUUUCUCCUGGCUGCUCCAAGUUCAUCUCAAAAGACAUGGGGACUCCAGGACUGAGGUGGGCAAAUAUGCCAUUUACUGCCAACGUUCACGGGAACGCACCCAGCAGAAGGGUGAGAGGCAGGCCAGACCAUCCCGCAUGGAGAUCCUGUCUAUUCUGCUAAGGAAUCCCUAUCACCACUCCCUGCCCUUUAGUGUGCCUGUUCACUUCCUUAAUAACACCUACCAGGUGGUCAGUUUUGAUGCGUCAACCACAGUGGAUGAAUUCCAGUGUCGCCUCAACCAGGACACCGGCAUGAGGAAAACGGGGCUGUCAGGUUUCAGUCUGUACACUGAUGACCCUACCGGACGAGAGCUGGAACACUGCUUGCUUCAAGGGAACGUCAAGAUUUGUGAUAUUAUAUCCAAAUGGGAACAAGUAUCCAAAGAGCAGCACACUGGAAAGUCAGAAAACACCAGAACAGUCCGCCUCACCUACAAGAACAGACUAUACUUCUCCAGCCAGGUGAGGGGGGAGUCAGAGAGGGAAAGAUUGUUGUUGGCCUAUCAGAUCAAUGAGGCCAUUGGAGCAGGACACUUCCCUGUCAACAAGGAGCUGGCUCUGGAAAUGGCUGCCUUACUGGCUCAGGUUGAGGUCGGGGACUUUGAACGUCCCUUCUUGACUUCCGGACCAGUUCAAACUAAGUCCAACCAAACCUUGAAGCAGGUGCUGGACAAGUUCUACCCCAAACACUACCGUUGUACCCCAUCUGAGGAACACCUUAGACAAUUGCUCCAGCGUCUCUCUGCUCGCUGGUCCUCUCUCAGAGGUCGAAGUUCAUCUGAGUGUGUCAGGAUUUACCUGACUGUUGCUAAGAAGUGGCCUUUCUUUGGUGCCAAACUGUUUGAAGCUGAGUCCAUCACUCCCUCUUCAGACCCAGCAACACGUGUUUGGCUGGCGGUUCGCGAAGAUGGUAUCAGUGUUUUGGAGCACAACUCUAUUAAACCACUGGUGUCCCACCCCUACAAAAAUGUGAUGACAUUUGGGGGCUGCAAACAGGACUUCAUGCUUGUGGUGGCACAGAACAACGGUAACAACACGACAAAAGACAAACCCUCAGAGAAUCAUACGUUUGCUAUGGACGUCUCGAAGAUCAGAGAGAUAACCCUCCUCAUCUCCAGCUACAUCAACAGUGCGCAUCAGCAGAAGGCCGCGGCGCAUCACCUCUCCGCCCCUGCUCUCAUGGUGGCACAGCCUGUCAGCCUGAAGUGCAAAGAGCUGAGGAGCAAGUCUCCACCAGCGCUGUGUUGCAGUAAGGCCCCCACCUUGUUGUGACAGCAAAGUCCUGCUUUCGCUUUAUAGAAACGGUCACAUCUGUGCCCUCUACAGGGAGCACUCGAACAUUUCCCUGCACACAAUGUCUGGGAGUUGUUUUACCACUUGGAAGCGAUUCAGCAAGCCUUAUGGGUACAAAGGUACAAAACUAUUCCGAAGCAUUUUCCUUACGAGUGUUGCCGUUGAAUGUGCUGGCUGAAGAGUCAACACUGUUUACUGAUUGACGAAGCGAAUGUUCUCAAGAGCAUUAAUCUUUGCUGUCUGGUGCAUUUUUAUGUACAAACACUGUGGUCGCAGGAGGAGGAAAGGGGGAUUUUUAAAAAAAAAUGACAAAGGGUACGGAUUUGCAUAGUUUUUGUGUAGCACGGUGCCUGGACUAGUGCAUACUAUUCUGUUAUGUAAGAAAUAAUGAAAGCUCAUGAAAGUAGAAAUGAAUGACCAGUUUCAAGUGAUGAAAAAUGCCGUAAAACGUUAAACAUGAAGUACACCUGAAUAAUCUAACUAGACAGGAGAAGGAGGAGGAGAAAAUUGUGUUCAUAAAAAUCGUAAUACUAUUGGGUUGACACUACCAGAGUCUACCAGUCAUUAAAUUAAUAAUACAAUACUGUUUAGUAUUAUAUAGCUACAGUGCUUUACAACUUCACUGCAUCAUACUGAGAUGUGUUUUUGAUCAUUUCCCUUUCUGCUAAAGCUCUUGUAUUAGAUGUCGUUAGAUUGUGUACACCUAAUUUUCUGGCUGAAGUAUUUAAGUAUUAAAAUGGAGAGCAGAAAUGGAAAGGAAGUUGUAGAUAUGGUGACCUGGUCAGGCAGAAGGACUCGCUGGAAAAGAGUAACAAACCUGCACGGAAAUGUGCUUUGCAGUUACUGAAUAACCAGGAGGGAAAGGAAACUAACACCCGUAAUAGUAAUAGUUAAGGCCUUCUUAAAGCUACAGAACGAUGUUCUGUGUCGUUUUGCACUUUCCAACAUUUACCCCACAUGGCAUGCUAUUCAAACUGGAAAUAUAAUUCAUUUAAUGUAAGGGUACUUUCAUAAAUUCUCCCAUUGAUGCUUGUUUAUAAGGCAUUUGUCCGAAUGCAUUAUAUUCAAAUGAUAUCUGGAACAUGUGUAAGUGAAGAAACUAUGACAAAUAAAACUGCAACUGUAUACAA